AUGGCGCCAAUAAAGGAAGAAGCUACUCAGAAGAGUGAUGGGGUUGACAAACAGCCAUCCGAUCGACUGCAGCUACCAGAGCAGCGAGGCGAUUCCCAGCAGCAAGAUCAACCCAAGCCUGAUAGUGAGUCCCAGCAGCAAGUUCAACCGAAGCCUGAUAGUGAAGCCCAGCAGCAAGAUCAACCCAAGCCUGAUAGUGAGUCCCAGCAGCAAGUUCAACCGAAGCCUGAAAGUGAAUCACAGCCGCAGGUAGCACCAGAAGAAGAAUCAUUCAAUGUUUAG